AUGGCUUCCAAACAACACAGUCCCAGUGUUCUGAUGCUACCAUGGUUAGCUCAUGGACACAUGUCACCAUUCUUAGAGCUAGCCAAGAGACUUGCAGAGAGAAAUUUCCAUGUAUAUCUUUGCUCCACACCCAUCAAUCUAAAACCUAUCAGAAAAACCCUUCCUUCCGGUCAAAUCUUUCCUUCAAUACAACUCAUAGAUAUCCACCUUCCUUCCUCCCCAGAACUCCCUCCUCACUUCCACACCACCAAAGACCUCCCACCCCACCUCAUGUCCGACCUCAAAACCGCCUUUGAGAUGGCCAAACCUGACUUUUGUAACAUACUAACAACACUCAAACCAAAUCUAGUCAUCUAUGAUUUCUUACAGCCAUGGGCACCCGAAGUGGCUCGUGAAGAAAACAUUGAUGCAGUUCUUUUCUUAACUUGUAGUGCGUCGACUUGUGCUUUUCUCAAUCAUUUCUGUGAGAAUCCUGUUUUGGAAUAUCCUUUUCCGGCAUUCGAGUUCCCUGAAAUGGAGCGCCAGAAAAUUAUUGGGUUUAUGAUAUUCAAAGUCAAGCCAGCCAAACAAACUAAGUCAGCAAAACCUAAACCACAUUUUCUCCCACUUCCUGUACAAGCUUUUACUAAUCUUCCCGAUAUUCAAAGUCAAGCCAGCCAAACAAACUAA